GCAAGCAGCGCGCAACCUCUGCCUGAGUUGUCGUAACUUUUUUCUGAAAGAAAUGGGACAUUACGGUACUUGUUUUCGUCACCCUUCGCCACCACUGAAAGAAGAAAGCAGAACUGGCGGUCUUUCAGAGGGAAAUCCCUAAAAUGUUGCGUGUUUUCAGAUGCAUCAGGCAUUCACCUGGGCUGCUAGGCGCUCGGGGUCCGCUGGGUUUGGACGACCGGCAGCCGCGACUGCCAAUGAGCUCUACUGAGUACCACCGUGGGCAGGGCUAGCUUUUAAAGGCGCCGCGACCCGUUAGCAAACUCGAGGGUGACCCGGAUGAUGGCGGCCGGUGCGGCCCUAGCCUUGGCCCUGUGGCUGCUAUUGCCGCCAGUGCCGGUAGGAGGGGCAGGGCCCGCACCUAUCCAGGACGGCGAGUUCACGUUUCUGCUGCCUGCGGGGAGGAAGCAGUGUUUCUACCAGUCCGCGCCCGCCAAUGCAAGCCUGGAGACCGAGUACCAGGUGAUUGGAGGUGCUGGACUGGACGUGGAUUUCACGAUGUUGAGUCCUCAGGGCGUGCUGCUGGUCAGCGAGUCCCGCAAGGCAGAUGGGGUGCACACGGUGGAGCCCACAGAAGCUGGGGACUACAAGCUGUGCUUUGACAACUCCUUCAGCACAAUCUCUGAGAAGCUAGUGUUCUUCGAACUCAUCUUUGACAGCCUACAGGAUGAUGAAGAGGUCGAGGGCUGGGCAGAUGCAGUGGAGCCCGAAGAGAUGUUGGAUGUCAAGAUGGAGGACAUCAAGGAGUCCAUCGAGACUAUGAGGACCCGGCUGGAGCGUAGCAUCCAGAUGCUGACAUUGCUGCGGGCCUUUGAGGCACGUGACCGAAACCUGCAGGAGGGCAACCUGGAGCGGGUCAACUUCUGGUCAGCUGUGAAUGUGGCUGUGCUGGUGCUCGUGGCCAUCCUGCAGGUCUGCACACUCAAGCGAUUCUUCCAGGACAAGCGCCCGGUGCCUACGUAGCCCCAGCAUCAGAGGAAAAUAGGGAA